UGUCAAUCGCUUGACACAGCGCCACAGGGAAGUAGGGUACGGCCCACUGAGUCUCAAAGUUUCCGUGUUUUCGCCUGAGGAGCCUUUCAAAGGGUGCGUUCUGAUGACGUCACCAGCGGUCAGUGCCUUGCAACCUUACGCUUACUGCGCAAGUACGGGUGGCGCGCAAGCGCCUUGGCUCUCAUUGUUCUUGGGAUACUCUGAGACAGCCGAAUCCGGGAGCGUGCACGCUUUGGUCGUUCUGCGCAGGCGCUGAGAAGCUUCCAAGACACACCCCUAUUGCCAAGGCAGGGACAUCAGGUCUGAGCCACAAGACCUGGUCCCCGCAUCAGUAAAUCCCGGCAAGUGUUGCCUCUUCGGCCUCCGUCCGUCUGAUCCCAGGGGCGGGGUUUCUCGGCAGCAGACCGGUAGCCACCGAAUGCGCUCUCCCCCCGUCUCUGUCGGCUCUUUGCUCGCUAUGCCUCUACCACAGGGUGACGUGACCGCCUUGUUCCUGGGGCCUCCGGGCUCGGGAAAGUCUGCACUGAUCUCAGCGCUGUGCGACAAAGAUAUCCAGACGUUAGAAACCCACGAGGGACGUCCAGACUCCGGGGUCCCCAGCCUGAGAGCUGCUGGCCCAGGCCUCUUUCUGGGCGAGCUGAGCUGCCCACCUGCAGCGCCAGGGCCCUGGGCGGCGGAGGCCAACGUUCUGGUACUGGUGCUACCCGGAUCCGAUGGUAACGGGGAGCCUUUAGCCCCAGAGUUGGGAGAGGCAGCGCGGGCUGCCCUGGCCCGAGGGACUCCGCUCCUGGCUGUGCGGAUCCUCCGUCCUGGGGAUUCGCAAAAUGACACCCAGGUCCGGGAUCAGACAGCAGCUCUGCUGGACAGCGCGGGAUUAGGAUCCGCGGCUCUCUACGUGGUACCAGCCGACUGCUGCAGCAGUGAAAGCCACCGGGAGCUAGAGCGCCUGCGGACUGCGCUGCAGAGCCAGGCGGAGGCACUACAGAGGCUCUUGCCACCGGCCCAGGAUGGUUUUGAGGUGCUGGGUGCAGCGGAGCUGGAGGCCGUACGUGAAGCCUUUGAGACUGGUGGCCUGGAGGCGGCACUGUCUUGGGUGCGCGCAGGCAUAGAGCGCCUGGGCAGUGCGCGCUUGGACCUAGCUGUAGCAGGAGCUGCUGACAUGGGCCUUGUCCUGAACGUGCUGCUCGGAUUGGAUCCGGGUGACCCAGGUGCUGUGCCUGUUUUGGUGCCCACGGGACCCACUCCCUUCCCAGCCCCAGAGCGCCCCAAUGUGGUACUCUGGACUGUGCCUCUAGCCCCCGUGGGCACUACCACUGUCGCCUCUCACCCGACCCACUACGACGCCCUUAUCCUCAUCACCUCUGGGGCCCCCACUGAGAAGAAUUGGGCCCAGGUCCAGGCCUUGGUGCCACCAGAUGCGCCACUUGCCUGCGUGAGAACAGACGGUGAAGGCGAGGAUCCAGAGUCUCUGGAAGAGAGCACGGUGGAGAAACCCAGCAGCAAGAGCUUUGAGAACACAGGCAGAGGCGGUGCAGAGAAUGCACUCAGUGAGGGAAGGGAGAGAUGUGGCACUGGGUCACAGAAAGCAGGCAGUGGGGAAGGUUCUGAGAAAUCUGGCAGUGAGAAUGUGCAGCACAUUGUUGUUGGCCCGAAGAAAUCAGGCAGUGGGGAUUCAGAGCCGGUAGCAGCGGCUUUGAGCCCAGAUGAGACAUGGGAGGUGCUAGAGGAGUCACCACCGCCAGUGUUCCCUCUGCGUUUGAGUGGACUCCCUGGGCUGUGCGAAUGGCUGCAGCAAGCGCUCCCCUCUGCCCAGGCUGGGGCGCUGCUGCUAGCGCUGCCACCAGCGUCUCCCACUGCAGCCCGAAAGAAGGCUGCGGCGCUCCGGGCUGGGGCAUGGAGGCCAGCUCUGCUGGCUAGUUUGGCAGCGGCGGCAGCACCAGUUCCAGGGCUGGGCUGGGCAUGCGAUGUGGCCCUUUUGCGGGGUCAGCUGGCAGAGUGGCGGCGGGCGAUGGGGCUGGAACCUGGGGCGCUAGCACGGCGUGAGCGUGCCCUAGGCCUGGCUCCUGGGGUACUGGCAGCGCGUACGCAUUUCCCAGGGCCAGUGACACGCAGUGAGGUGGAAGCGAGGCUGGGCGCCUGGGCUGGAGAGGGCACUGCUGGGGGCGCGGCCCUUGGCGCACUCUCUUUCCUGUGGCCUGCGGGUGGCGCGGCAGCGACUGGUGGCCUGGGCUAUCGUGCUGCUCAUGGGGUCCUCUUACAAGCCCUGGAGGAAAUGUUGGCAGAUGCUGAGGCCGUGCUGGAACCCCCUGAGCCCGCCCAGUGAGAGGUGAGAUGGGGUUUGGGCUUCCCCAAGUGUCAUUUAGAAGGGGGCUUUGGAGUCCAGACCCCGGCAUGGGAUAUCAGGACCUCUAUGAUAGGAGUGGGGAGACUCACUCAGAAUUCUGGGUGCUUGAAGGAGCUCUGGUUUACUUCUGGUUGGCAUUUGUGGCUUCUCAUCAGCUGGAUUUGUGGUUCCUCACCAGGACAUGGAAUCCUGGGGACAGGACUCCUGAUUUCUCUGGGAAACAGAAGACACAAUAUCUAGUGUCUUAUGUCCAAAAGGUGUUGGCCUGAACUCUAGAAGUGGAUAGGUCUUGGUCUUCUAGGGAAUAGAAGUGAGUUAUUGGAUGUCUUGUCCCUCAGGGGAGAGGAGGUAGAGGGUCUGUUUGCUAAGGGGGGUUACCAUGACUGUUACCUCAACUCCAAUAUGGGGAAAAGGCCUGCAUUGCAGACUCCCAGGUCCCCAAGGACCCUUUGAAUUGGCCUUUGAAUCUUUUUUUUUUUUUGUAGAGACAGGGUCUCAUUUUAUGGCCCUCAGUAGAGUGCCGUGGCCUCACACAGCUCACAGCAACCUCCAACUCCUGGGCUUAAGUGAUUCUCUUGCCUCAGCCUCCCGAGUAGUUGGGACUACAGGCGCCCACUUGGCCUUUGAAUCUUUAUUGAGGGGUACCUGGGAUCUCAGACUCCUGGCUCCCAAGAGGGCUAUGGACCUUGGUGCCUAGUUCUUGGGUGGUGGAAAGUCUACAUCUAGAAAAGGGAUCAAGGGGCUUUGGGGGAAAAUUUGGAGACCUCUUGCUCUCUCUUGGGGAGUAGAAAGGUGUCAACUCUCCAAAAGUCUGGUUGUAGGGAGGAUGGUCUGGCAAAAAUGACAGAGAGUAAGAGGUUUGGGCAUGGUGGACCUGGGGUAGCCAGGGACUGGGAUUGAGGCUUUCUGGGUAUGAAAGGGCGGGAAACCAUACCUCAGAAAUUGUCUCCCAUAAACCUUAUAUUUGGAUUCUGGCAAUUGCCUCUCUGUGAGUUUGACUGGGAAGGGAUGUGAUGACCUUCGUUUUAUAGGUGCCGAGUGAUUCAGUAGUCUCUGGGGAAUAUGUUCCUCUUUCCUUUAGGGUUUUUUAAUUUUUUUUCUUUAUUGUAGUCUUGGUUACUCCUGUCAUUAAACCUUAACCCAUUCUGGCCUUGGUGUUUUGAGCACUUGACCUUUUGAAAAGCAGCAGCAUUGCUGCACCGGUCCAAACAUUUUUGUGUGGCUACCUCAGGUAUCCUCAGGAGGCUUGGCCUUCUGGUAUACACAGUGGGUGCUGCAGUGAGCAAGGGUCCCACAGAAUGGCUAGGUGGUAUUCCAGAUCAUAGGAAUGUGCCAGAAGUGAGGCAAAGGCAGAAACCAUAGUGCCUGGAAUGUACUAGGCUGCGAAAUACAUGUAGGGGGAAAACUUCAGGUUAUAUAAUUCUUCAAUGUCAAAAACAUAAAGGAAGGCCUGCGCUGCCAUGAAAGAGAAUCUCUUUUGUGAUAGAUGGGGAAAUCAAAGUCCAGAGAGGGCAGGCUCAAGACUCAGCAGCACAGAGCAAAGCCCUGCCAUUCCCAUCCCCAACCAGCCAGAUAGGUCUUCUUUCUGCUGCUUGAGGGGGCCACCUUGAGUCCUGCCUCAGGACCUUUGCAGCGCCCUACCCUCACAACUUUCCAUGACUGGCUCCUUGUCAAUCAGAUCUCAGCUCAAAUAUCCCCUCACAGAGGCCUUCCCUGACCACCCUAACUGAAGUAGCUCAGCUAUCCCCAUUAUUCAUCUGGCCAGUUGAUUUUUCUUGUAGCAAUUAUUCCCAUCAAAAAUGACCUUAUUUAUUUAUUCACCUAUUUAUUGGCUAUUGAGCCUUGCCUAUCUUCUUCUCUGCUGUAUCCCCAGCAUCUAGAACAGCAGGUGCCUGACACAUAAUAGGUGCUCAGUAAAUAUUUAUGAAAGGGCUGGAUGAGAACCAUAAAUACUUCCUGAGAUCCUGUUUCCCUCCAUAGCUCUGUUCGUAUAUGGAAAGGAACCUGUGGCCUUGGGGCCACAUGUGGCCUUUCUGGAUUCUUAAAUGUGGCCUUUUGACUGAAUCCAAAUUUUACCAAACAAGUCCUUUUAGUAAAGGGAUUCAUUCUUUACUAUGAAGUUUGGAUUCAAUUGAGGGGCCAUACUUGGGGUCUGGAGGGCCACAUGUACAGCACAGGGUUAUUGUGAGAAUUCAGUGUGUGGAUGUGCAUAUGUGCAUGCUUGCACACACACAAUAUACUGUCCCCUUUCCUGAGAAGCCUGGCACACUGGGAUCUCAAAUAUGGGUCCUAUUGCGCCUGCUCACACACCCUCCAUCCCAGGCAGCACCAAGACGACUCUAAUCUGGGUGCCUCUGUCCCAACCCCAUGCCUUUGCUCACAAGAGUGGCCUCUUCUUUUUUCUGCCCCUGUGAGGCCGUCUCUGAUUUGUUCUGUUUGACAUCUCUGCUCUGUGCUUCACUGCUCUAAAUUCCCUCUGCCCUCAUGUCAGCAGGCAAAUCAUACCAGAGAUCAUAUCUGAGAAAGUAUGAUAAUCUUGUUUGUGUGUCUGUGUCCAUUGAGGAGUGUGUGUUGUGCUUAUAUUGUUGUAUAUUGGCACCCUUGAGUGUCACAACUACUUUUUGGGGUGGUUGCCUCUGAAAUCAUGACAGGAUUGAACUUUAGGCAUUGUGAAGGCAUAAGGUUGCUAGUGAUUCAUAUCAUCUCUGGGAGUAUCCAGGCGGAAAAGACUUAAGACUCCUUUGUGGACAGAUCACUGGCUACCAUCAGAGUGUGUCACCGUAGCACCACAGGGCUGGAAGACCUUUGAAGGCAGGAAUUCCAGGAAAUGUUUGAUGAUGAACGUUGCUGUUGCCAUCGCUGGAAGGAGGAUAGGCACAAAAAACUUGGGUGAGUGGAUGAGACAACCUCAUCACCAUAGCUGAGUUUCAUACAUUCUAGAUAAUGAUGGAGGGACUUGUGUCUAUUGUAGUGGGGAACUGUGAAGGACACAUGAAGGGUGUGGUCAACCUGUAGUGCUUUUUCAAGGGAUGAAUAAAAAUGAGUAGA